AUGGCCUCCGGCGAAGGCACCGGAGAUUCGAAGGCUGCGGGGGCAGGGAUGGAGGUGCCGGAGGUGGAGUUGUGCCUCGAUCUCACGAGCUGCCAGCUGCAUGAUCUGAGUGAGGUGGAGAUCCCGCCCACCCUGGAGGAGCUGGACCUUACGGCGAACCGUCUCACCGCAGUCGACCCCCGGAUCAGCCACCUCCCUCGCCUCCGCAAACUCUCGUUCCGCCAGAAUCUCCUCGACGACGACGCCGUCGCGCCCCUCUUCACCUGGGAUGCCAUCGCUGGCUUACAGGAGAUAGUCCUUAGAGAUAACAAGCUUACAAAGAUCCCCGAUGCCAGCAUCUUCAAGGGUCUUCUGGUGUUUGAUGUUUCUUUCAAUGAGUUGUCGUCCUUAAAUGGUUUAUCCAAGGUUUCCAGCACAGUGAAAGAACUCUACUUUUCGAAGAAUGAGGUUCCAAAGAUGGAAGAACUUGAACAUUUCCAUGCAUUAGAAUUGCUUGAACUUGGUAGCAACAGAUUAAGGGUGAUGGAAAAUCUGGAAACUUUGACAAAUCUACAGGAGUUAUGGCUCGGAAGAAACCGGAUCCGGACUAUCAACUUAUGUGGGUUGAAAUCAAUCAAAAAAAUAAGUCUGCAAAGCAACAGGCUAACUUCAAUGAAUGGCUUACAAGAAUGUGUUGCGUUAGAGGAACUGUAUCUCAGCCAUAAUGGAAUCCAAAAGAUGGAAGGCCUUUCUAUGUUACAGAACCUUCGUGUUUUAGAUGUUUCAUCUAACAAACUAACUGCUAUCGAAGAUAUUGAGCCAUUAACCAGGUUAGAGGACUUGUGGUUGAAUGACAACCAAAUACCAUCACUGUCUGGGAUAGAAUCUGCUUUGUCUGGUUCACGAGAGAAACUGACCACCAUAUAUCUUGAGAGAAAUCCUUGUGUACGUACUUAUAUCCUUUGUUUAGUUAUGUCUAGUUACUAUCAGUCUCAUUCAUUGCUGUUAAACCUGAUUUAA